CGUCAAUAGUACUAUGCUUUAGGUUGUCUGGUUGAAAUUUCAUUUUGAAAAUUGGUUAAUUGUGGAUUGAUUUCAUGUUAUUUUUUUCUUGUUUUUAUUCUGUUUUAUCUAUCAGAUCAACGAAUAAUUAUCUAGUUUUUUUUAUUUUAUUUAGUGCAACUUCUACUCCACCAGGAAGCUAAAUCAUUUUUGGAUAUUUAGUGUGUGAGUGUGUGUUUGUAUGUUUUUGUGGUGAGAGUGAAAAAUGGAGGUCUCUAAAACCACAAGGAAAGCCAAUGGAGAUUUCAAUAUUUCUGCAGACAGUAAUCAAAACAAUGAUCCAUCCUCAUCUGAUUUAGCAGCCGAUGAUUAUGCUAUGAAUCAAGUUAACAAACCUCCAGACAUCGAGCAAGAUCUCAAAGAGAUGGAGAGACGUAAACGAGUUGAAAUGGUUAUUAAUAGUCAAUUGUUUAGGGAAGAGUUGGAAAGGAUAAUUGAAUCACAAAUUAAUGAAGGUUAUGCCCCGUCAAGUUUAUCGGCACUUCAACAAGUUACUGAAUUACUUUUACCCAAUUCUGCGAAAAAUUCGUCCUUAGUUAGAUUCGGUUCCUCAGCGAUACCCAUCAAUGAUAUACGAGGAGUUGAUGCCUUUAAUUAUGCGAAAGGUGAAAAAUUACUUCGCUGUAAACUCGCUGCUGUUUACCGUUUAGUUGACCUUUACGGUUGGUCUCAAAGCAUUUACAAUCACGUUUCUGUGAGAGUUAGUCAGGACCAAGAGCAUUUCUUAUUGAACCCAUUUGGUCUACAAUACCAUGAAGUUACAGCCUCAUCUCUGCUCAAAGUAGAUAUGCAAGGAAAUGUUAUCAACCCGGGCUCCACAAAUUUCGGAUUUAAUAGAGCCGGUUUUGUUCUGCAUUCUGCGGUCCACUCAGCGAGACCCGACAUCAAAGCGAUUAUUCACAUCCAUCAUCCUACCUGUGUCGCUAUUUCAUCUAUGAAAUGUGGUUUAUUAAAGAUAAGUCAGGAAUCAGCUAUUAUUGGGGAUGUCAGCUAUCACGAGUUCAAAGGGAUUGUGAUUGAUCCCGAUGAACGUGAAUCCAUCGCUCGUAAUCUGGGUCCAUUCAACAAGGUUCUAUUUUUAAGGAAUCAUGGAGUUCUGACCUGUGGUGAAUCGAUUGAGGAAGCUCUCCAUUUGAUGCAGAAUGUGGUUCUUGCCUGUGAAACUCAGGUUAAAAUUUCGUCCAUUGGACUCGACAACAUAUACCAAAUGACAAAAGAAUCUGUUGAUCAAGUCCGUAGUGUGGUCAAAAGUUCAGUUGCUAAAAUUCAUGGAACCGGCAAGAUCGACGAAAACGAGGCAAACAAAGCAAAAACCCCUGAGGAUGAUGGUAAAGAAAAGCUUAGGAAAUGGAAAGUCUGGGAUCUUGAAUUUGAAGCCCAAAUGCGAAUGCUUGACAAUGCGGGCUUCCGUACAGGAUAUAUUUACAGACAACCUUUACUGCGCGCUGACCAACAACGACCAAAAUAUGAUGUAGAAAUACCUCCGGCAGCUACUUCUCUUCAUCAAUAUUUUGAAGGUGACAAAUGGUUGAGUCCAUUGAAAAAGUUAGUCGACGGAAAAAAAACUCAAGACAAACUGAAAUGGGUCAAUUCACCAAAUUCAUACCAAAAAGUGGAAAUCUCCGAAACCGGCACACUUGAUCCCAAGAAAAUUACCAAGUGGGUUCAAGACUCUUCACCUUCACAUAGUAAUCCAGUUAAAAUUGAUAAUCAUCAUCAAUUUGUGCCUGUUAAUGUGGAUCCUGGCGAGUUUAAGCGAAGACAGAAAGAGAUGAAACAAGUUAGGAUGCAAAAUAAAAUAUCUGGUGGUCCACAAAGUCAUAUUUUGGAAGGUGGUACCUGGGAAGAAUUAAAUAAACGUCAAAGUGGAGAUGAAACUGAUCAUGUAGUUCUUGUUGGAGCAGCAUCUAAAGGCAUUAUUCAACGUGAAUACCAACACAAUGCAACCGUUUAUAAGAGUGCAUAUGCCAAAAAUCCAUUCGACAAUGUUUCCGACCAAGAACUGGAUGAAUAUAAAAAGUACAUUGAGAAAAAACAGAGAGGAGAACCAGUUGACGAUGUCCCUGACCGUUUCAGACACCUUUUAUUGGAACCAGUGGCGGAACACAUGAACGAGGAUCAAAUAACUAGUCCUGUUGAACAAAUUUCUAAAUCUCCUCAAUCCCCACUCUCUGAUGAAGCCUCCAAAUCUCUAUUGAACCAUUCAAAAUCUUCAGAUCUUCAGAUAAUUAUCACACCAAGUCCUGAUGACUCUAAAAACAGCAAUAAUCGUGUGCAUCGCUCACAUUCAGCGCGGCUUGCUGCACAAGCUGCCGAAGAUAAUUACUUUGCUCGUCGAUUUAAAUCUGAACGUAAACCCAAAUAUAGUACGAGUGAUACUGCCGUAAAUGGAGAGGAAAAAUUAGGUGAUGUUUCUGGAGCCUCAAGGAGUAGCAAAGAGGGUUCUCCGGUUAAAGAUUUGUCAGAAGAUAAAUCAUCAUCUAAAAAGGAUAAAAAGAAGAAAGGAAUACGGACACCAUCUUUCUUGAAGAAGAAGAAGCACAAGAAAGAAAAAGAAUUGGCUUAACUUUCUAACAAUUUUAUUUGACAACAAAGAUAUACAAACAUACAAAAUGGAACUGGUGAAAAUUGUGUAACCCUUUUAGUUGUUGACAGGAUAAUCACGAGAUUACCGUACGAUUAUUACCUUACGAGUUGUGAUUCACGGCAGCUUUCGGCUUAUUGCACAAUUAAGCUAAUGUUCGAGUGACAAUUGCUAUUAAUUGUUAUGGAGCCCUUCCUAAUUCCCGGUCCUUUGGUGUAACAUAUACACAUCAAUUUCAUCAGCUGUACAACCACUUCCCUCUGCGACACAUUUAUCAAUCAACUCAUGAAUCACAUUUUGAUGAUGUUUAGGUCUCAAAAUAAUCUUUUUUUCCUCCCCAAAUUAUGGUAAUAACUUUAGUUGACAUUUCAACGAUGUUCAUUCGCGUCGAAAUAUAACUUUCAAUUGGACAGCGUACUUUUCAACACGAAUGGUGAUUAAAUUAUCUUCAACGCUCUUGCAAAUCUAUACCAACAAUUUUCCAACAACAAUGUCAAUUGUCUCACCGAAAAUUCUGUACUUUCCGGCAGCAUAAACAAUGAUCUGCGUAUUUUAUCAGCUAAAAUAAAGUACGGCAGGAUUUUUGGCACCUGUAACUAGCUUCCCCAUUUCAAUGUCUGCAAAUUAAAAUUGAAAUUUUAAAUAUUAA